ACUUAAACAAGGUGCGAUAGAGCGUCGCGGUGUCACACUACAUGUGUUACCUUGCCAAGUAGUGUAUUGUUUUCGCUUUCCUUCAGCUUGAUUCGUUUGGAGAAUAUAAUAUCGUUCUGUUUUCUGUGCUUCUUGUGAUAGAUUUCGCUGGAAAUACGUAUAUUAAUCGUGUGAUGAAUGGAGUCCUCAAAAAAUAAGAUGAAAUUUAUUUGACAAAAUGGCGGACAGGUAUUUACCUGUGUAAAAAGACAUUUACACGAUUGUAUUAGUAAUCGUCAUGUAAAAAAAGAGAAAAGGAAUUUUAUCUCGAAUUGCUUCUAUUUGUCAUGUGUAUGUCUUAUUUUGGAUGUCUACUAAAUGAAAACCUAUUGAAUGAAUCGAGCGGAGUCCCGAGUCCCGGGCCCACCUCGGCAAGGCGGAGGCAAACAUCAGUCUGGUGAAGACACAGCCUCCAAAAGUUCAGCUCAGCCUUUUCAUCGAUCACAUGGCAUAAGAGGACCACCUUCACCCAGAUCAAAGGGACCUCCCUCUCCCAGGUCCAAGGGACCCCCAUCUCCCAGAGAACCACCUUCCCCCAUCACGCACCGAGCCCCGCACCACCAUGCCGAAUCCCCGCAAAUGUACACGAACCAUUCCACCGUGUCAAAUCCCAGACAACCCACUUUACCUUCCUCUGACAGUCAGCAAACUUCCUGUGGACCCAGAGGAGCCAACCAAACCUUGUAUCUGCAAAAAAUUCGGGAAAGUUCCGAAGCUGUAAACAGUGGAGAUUUCCGCAGGGCCAUCCAGUUGUAUUCGGAGGCUAUACAUCUUGAUCCAUCCAACCACAUUCUUUUCACUAACCGGUCAGCAGCCUACUGCAAACUGAGGCAGUUCCAGAAGAGUCUCGAAGAUGCAAAACAGGCCAAGCAGCUCAACCCAAAGUGGGCAAAGGCCUACCUACGUGAGGGUGUAGCACUACAGAACCUAGGACAGCAUGGAGAAGCAUUGGCUGCGUUUGGGGCGGGGCUGGCCCAGGACUCCAACAACGCCAACCUCAUAACCGGUCUUAUUGACGCAGCGCUCAAGUCCCCACUCAAAGACAAACUUGGACCAACCUUCAACCAAUUGCAGAAGUUGAAACUAAACCAGAGUUCUUUUGUUAUCAUCUCUGUGAUUGGUCAGGAGCUUUUGGCCGCAGGACACUACAGUGCUGCUGUGUCUAUGCUAGAAGCUGCGCUGCAGAUUGGAACAUGCAGCUUAAAACUUCGAGGAUCUGUCUUUUCUGCUUUAAGCAGUGCAUACUGGGGCCUGGGGAGCAUAGAUACUGCCAUUUCAUACAUGCAGCAUGAUCUGUCUGUAGCAAAAUCACUUGGGGACCAUGAUGGAGAGUGUCGUGCCUAUGGAAACCUGGGGUCAGCCUACUUCUCCAAAGGUCACUACAAGGAGGCGCUGUCCAAUCACAGAUACCAGCUGGCCCUGGCGAUGAAGCUCAAGCAGCGGCAGGCAGCGGCGUCUGCCCUGGGCAGUCUGGGUCAUGUGUACACCGCCAUCGGAGACUAUCCCAAUGCUCUGCAGAGCCAUAAACAGUGUCUCUUUCUGAUGAAGCAAAGCGGAGACAAACUUCAGGAAGCUAGGGAAAUCGGAAAUGCUGGGGCUGUGUAUCUGGCCAUGGGAGAAUUCAGUAGUGCAGUGGAGUGUCAUAAUAAACAUUUACAAAUUGCCAAAAAUUUGAAAAAUAGUGUGGAAGAGGCCAGGGCUUAUAGUAACUUAGGAAGUGCAUUUCAUUACAAAAGGGAUUACCAGAAAGCAAUAUCUUAUCAUAAACAGGUUCUUCAGAUUGCGGAGGAAAGACAAGAUAAAACGUUAGAAGCCCGGGCUUAUGCUGGACUGGGCCAUGCAUCUAGGUGCAUGAUGGACUAUGAAAAUGCAAGAAAAUAUCAUGAAAAACAACUUGACAAUGCGUUACAGACUAAAGAUAAAGUGGCUGAAGGCCGAGCUUGUUCAAACUUGGGAAUUAUCUUUCACCAACUCAGUGAAUUUAAGUCUGCUUUGAAACUUCACCAGGUGCAUCUUCGCAUUGCAAAGGAACUUGGUGAUAAUGCUAGUCAGGGACGUGCUUAUGGUAAUUUGGGAAAUGCUUACUGUGCUUUAAAGAAUUACGAACAAGCUGUGAAAUAUCAUAAACAGGAAUUACAAAUUUCUUCGCAAGUGAAUGAUAGACAUUCGGAAGGAGCUACUCAUGGAAACCUGGCCGUGGCCUAUCAGGCAUUGGGCAUGGUGGAGAAAGCCCAGUUUCAUUACACAUCUCAUCUCAACAUCUCUAAGGAACUCAAGGAUACUCCCAGUGAAGCUAGGGCCUUGUGUAACUUGGGAAAUUUUUAUAGUUCAAGGGGAGAUUAUUCUAGUGCUGUGAGAUUUUACGAGCAAUACUUAAUGUUGUCACAAGAGUUGCAUGACUCCGAGGGUGAAGCUAAAGCUUGCUUUAAUCUUGGUUAUGCUCAUUUUGCUUUGGGAAAUCACCUUGAGGCUGUGAGAUAUUAUGAACAGGAUAUGUCCAUUGCUAGGGAAUUAAAAGACCAACUGGGCAUGGCCCGGGCUUACUGUAACUUGGGCCUUGCCCAUAAAGCUUUACAUGACUAUCAGGAAUCCUUAGAGUGUCAAAGGAACUGUUUAACCAUCAUGAAGAGUAUAAAGAAUACAAAGGGUAUAUUCAGAGCACUGGGAAAUAUUGGAGAUGUGUUAUUAAAACUGGGUGAUGUGACAGAAGCUAUAGCAAUAUACAAGGAACAGUUACAAAUGGCCAAACAAACAAGCAGUAAAGAUUUGAUAGCAACUUCUUAUGGUGCAUUGGGGGCUGCCCAUAGAAGUCUGGGCCAGUAUGACAAAGCUUUAGGCUACCAUACCCAGGAGCUGAGUAUCAGGCAGGACAUGGAUGAUCGCCGUGGUGAGUGCAGAGCACAUGGGCACCUUGGAAAUGUCCACAUGUCCCUGGGACAUUAUAUGGAUGCACUGAAGUGUUAUGAGGAACAGCUGGAGAAAGCCAGGGAACUUCAGAAUAGUUCCUUGGAAGCACAGGCCUGUGGCAAUCUUGCAAUAACAAAAAUGAACAUGAACUGUUUCGAAGAAGCAAUUGGACUGUUUGAACAGCAGUUAGCCAUGUUAGAACAAGUGAGUUGUGCAGCCUCUAUAUUUGACAAAGGCCGAGCUCUGGGUAACCUUGGUGACUGCUACGAAGCCCUGGGAGAUUUUGAUGAAUGUGUCAAAUGUCAUGAACAGUACCUUGCCAUUUCUCAACAAGCCAACAGUUUGUCUGAUCAGGACAAAGCAUACAGAGGACUAGGAAAUGCCCAUAAAAAUAUGGGCAACCUCCAGCAGGCUCUGGUGUGCUUUGAAAAGAGACUUGUUGUGGCCCAUGAGCUGAACAACAGCUCCGCAAAGGCUUCAGCUUAUGGUGAGCUGGGUUGUUUGCAUAGCCAUCUGGGUAAUUUCGAGCAGGCCAUUUCCUGUCUUCAGCAUCAGUUGACCAUUGCUCAAGAGAUGGAGGACAAAAGGUGUGAGGGGGAGGCAGCGUGUGGUUUGGGAGGGGUUUAUCAGAACAUGGGCGAUUAUGACAAGGCUCUGGAGUAUCAUCAGAUGGACCUAGAGAUAGCAGAACAGACAAACAAUUCCACUUGUCAAUGUCGAGCCUAUGGAAAUCUUGGUCUUACCCAUGAGUCACUGGGCAACUUUGAGGAAGCCAUUCAGUAUGAGGAGCAGCAUCUGAGCAUCGCAGCUCAACUGAAUGACAGAGUGGCUAAAACUCUGGCUUACAGCAGUCUGGGUCGUGUUCACCAUGCACUCAAUAACCAUUCCCAAGCAGUUGAGUAUCUGCGGCAAGGUCUUACGAUAGCGGAACAGUUGGGAAGAAAAGAGGAUGAGGCGAAGAUUCGCCACAGGCUCGGUCUGUCCCUCUGGGGUAAGGGCGACCUGGACGAGUGUCAACAACAGCUAUACAAGGCCACAGACUUAUUUGAGAGCAUCAGACGAGAUGGACAGCUCAACAGCGAGUACAAGAUGUCACUGUUCGAUCUUCAGACAGCCUGUUAUCAGGCGUUACAGCGUGUUCUGGUUUCCUUAAAUCGACAUGAGGAAGCUCUGGUCAUGGCCGAGCGAGCCUGCACUCGAGCGUUCAUCGACUAUCUGCUGGAGAGACAGGCAGGAAGCGAUGGGAUGUUCCGGAAUGAUAUUGACCCUGCCCCAAUCACUUGUGACCAGAUCGUCAAUAUCGUCUCCAAACAGAAGUCUCUGGUGCUCUGUUACUCCAUAGCUGCUGGUUAUCUCUAUAGCUGGUUACUGACCCCAGAUAAUGGCAUUGUGAAAUUCCAUGAGACCAACAUGACUGAGCUAGAGGCGGAUUACGGAGAACACAGCGACACUCUGAGUAUGAGGAGUGUUAACUUUGGCUCCUGUUCUGUUCUGGAUCAGUAUGUAGGACAUGUCAGGGAGUCUAUGGGAAUAGAAAGCCACACUGUCAGGAACAACAGCAGUCGUGAGAGCGAGACAGACAGUGAAUCAGACGACGUCUGGCAACAACACCUGGAGGAGCUCGGUGACAAACUAAACGCUGAGAAUGACAGAACUGGAUUCCUCCGGAUGGUCAACCGGAACCACAAACUCAACAGCAGUAACUACAGCCUCAGCAGUAUGUUCAGUCUGUCCACCACCUUCACAACCAACAGCUUCAACAUGCACAGAAAGUCUAGUCUACGCAUGAAAUCCCAGGCAUCCUCAAGGGCUCCUCUUUCUGUGCUGUAUCAAGUGUUGAUUGCUCCCAUGGAGGAAGCCAUUGCUACAGUGUCUGCAGAAUGGGGAGGGGGACCCAUUGACUUGGUCCUGGUUUUACAGGGAGAGCUGUAUCUGAUUCCGUUUCCUGUGUUACGGAGAGAACAGAAUCAGGAGUACAUGUUCGAACGUUUUAAUCUGCACAUAAUGCCGUCCAUCACUGCCCUCACUAAUGGCCAGAAGCAUGACCGUCAUGGCCGACCUGUAAUUGACUCCUCUGGAGCUGUCAUUGUGGGAAGUCCGAAAAUGCCAUCUGCUGUCAGUCAAGGAUGGUGCUUCAAAGAUAUUCCAGGAUCGGAGUACGAGGCUAGAAUUGUGGGAGAACUUCUGACCAGCCGUCCACUCAUUGGAGCAGAAGCCACCAAAGCAGCUGUGUUGAAUCAGAUAGAACAAGUGGAGGUGAUCCAUUUUGCCUGUCACUUGUCCUGGAAGCUCUCCUCCAUUGUGUUAUGUCCUGGUGAUAAUCUGACCACCCAGCACUCCUUUCCCUCCAUUGACUCGGAUGACAGUUCUAGUGAUAUGGGAGGCUUUGAUGGACCUUCAUUAUCAGAGUAUCUUCUCACAGCAGCAGAUAUUCUUAACCUUAAACUUCAUGCAAAACUAGUUGUGUUGAGUUCAGGAUACACGGACGAUCGUGCAGGUCGUAUAAACUCGGACGGUGUGGUGGGGCUCACUCGAGCUCUGUUGAGUGCAGGUGCCAAGUGUGUUCUUUAUUCUCUCUGGCCAGUUCCAGAUGCUGCAGCCAAGCUUCUGAUGAGGAAUUUCUACACUGCCCUCCAGGAGGGUAGAAGGGUGACACAAGCUCUGUCUCAUGGAAUCAAGUCUGUUCAGUCUACAAAACAGUUUUCCCACCCUGCUAACUGGGGAGGCUGGAUUCUGGUGGGUCAUGAUAUCAAGCUCAGCAGCAAGAUAGCUUUGAUGGGACAUGCCAUCUGUGAGCUGCUGCAGUCACAGAACCAAUGUAGGGAAGCCAUGAGAGUCCUGUUGCAUUUGAUUGAAAAGUCACUACAGAGAAUUCAUCAGGGUAUAAAGAACUCCAUGUACACCACCUGUCAGUCCAUUGAGAACAAGGUAGGGGGAAUCCCUGGCUGGAAGGACCUUCUACAGGCAGUGGGAUUCCGGUUUGAGGCCGCUAGGAAUGGGUUGCCACCAGCAGUGUUCUUUCCUCAGACAGACCCUGGGGACCGACUGACUCAGGCCAGUGCCAGUCUGCAGGCUCUACUGGGUCUACCACCAAGCUGCUUGACUGCUUUGUCAAAGUUCCUUCCAAAUUAUGAAGCAGGAGAGGCCUACAUACUAGUGAUCAGAGACAUUUUGAGCAAAAUGGCUGCAAAGGAGUCCAACAUUGAUGUCCAGAUCUGUGUCAAACUGUGGCGCAUGACCGGAUGUCACGAGUUCUUAGCUUCUCUAGGUUUGGACUUGGUGGAAGUUGGAAAGGAUGAAGUCACCCUUAGACUUGGAAAACAAGCUAACCGUCGCCAACUUCAGUUUGCCUUACAGUCUCUAGUUGCUGUUUUCGACACCCAGGAGGCCCCCAAGUCCUUGUCUGUGGACAGUUCCAGCAGUCUAGAGAGUUUAUCCUCCUCCCACAGUGGCUCUACCUCAACCUCCAACUUCUCCAAGGGAAGCACCCCUCCUCUGUCCCCCAGGGGGAGCAGGAAGAAGUCUCUCUUCAACCCUGCAGAAAUGGAAAAAAUGAGAAUGAUGACCAAGAUGCAACUGAUGCAUCAGGGAGGACUUUCAGGAAGAAAAGUUAGCUCCAGAAAUCAGAGGACCGACCCCUCUAUCUACCUCAACCACCAGAGCAGAAUCCGUAACAUGUACGGACCUUCUGGUACCACUCUAUCUCAUCAUUCCCAUCACAGUGAUAUUCAUGAGCUUCAGGAGAUCAGUGAGAAUAGUGAAAGUGAAACUGAUGGCCAUACGAGUUCUGGAAACAGCUGGAAGGAAUACAGGAUGACUGUGUCUACAAAUUCUGACAGCGAGUGUAGCACCAUUCCUGAUGCUAGAACUCCUGAUCGAGACAUGCUACAGUGUAGUACAGAGCACUAUAGUUUGUCAGAUGGAUUUAGCACACAGUCUCCUAGUAGCUGUACUCAGGAAUAUACGUAUUCGUAUCCUGCAAAAUUAAGUGGGAGUGUUCGGAGUGGAGGAUCCGAUUAUUCUGAGCAUGAAGAGUAUAAUUUCAGCAGACAAAACAGUGGGUAUAGUGAUGUCAGUGUUAGUAGUUCUGUGAGAGACAGUGAAAGGUCACACCGUAAGUCAAACUUCGACAGAUAUGACGCUCACAGGAGCUCAGAUUUGUCCAAUAUUAGUAGUGCUUGUGAAGGGGAACCGCAGAAUUCUUUGUCGGAUAGUGGAAGUGAUCUUUUCCAAAGGAAUGAUGCUCUGAGGCAGUCAGACAUGUCUGAUACCAGUGGAAUAAGUGAUACCAAUGGAUUACCCAAUGAACUUCCAGAGGCGAUGAUUAUUAAAAAUAUCAAAAAUGUUGAGCCAGUGCCAAAUGAGUCAGGAUUUCAUUCUGAGGUGACUUCAUCAAAUCAAAGUGAUGCUAGCCAACAGAGCAUUGAUGUGACUAAACUUGGACAUAAGGAGUUAGCUCUUCGCAUUAAUGCAGAUGUUGAGAAUUAUAGGGAAAAGUUAGAACAUGUCCAAAGAGAAAGUCUUGCUUCAUCCAGACAAGAGGCAAUGGCUUUACGUAAAGAAUUCCAUAGUUCACAAAAAAUCAGUGCACCUGCUCUUCAGCAAACAAUUGGACAUUCUAGUGAUGACAGAAGUGAAGUUGGAAGACAUAUGCCUUUUGAAGGCAAAAGACCACCACCUCCCAUUCCCAAGAAACCAAAAUCAUUUCAACCUUACACAGAAAACCUUUCCUCAAACUCACCUCAAAGUGCCAAUGUGAACAAUACUCACCCAUCGCCAGCUCAAGAUUUCAAUAAUGUGAACUCAAUAGUGUCCAGAAUCAACUCUUUAACUGUGCAACAAAAUGUCCAGUCAAGCAAUAUCUCAGCUUUCACUAGCUCAUCGCCAAAACAACUUUUUUCUUCCAUGAAGAAUAAUAAUCAGACAGUGGACAAGGCGUCAUUACAAAACCUUGCAAGAGGUAGUGUCACUAGAGAUGCCUCUUCUUUUCUCAAUUCCAUCAAUUCUCAAAACCAUCAAAGGCCAGACAGUAAAAUGAGUGUGAGCUCUUCUGCUUCUUCUAUAGUGACAGUGAUUCAUAGCCCUAACAAUCCAGUGAAAAUUCCCCCAUCAAACAACAGACUAACACAAUCACCUUCACCGAUGCAUAAUAGUCAAACAAGUACUCCUGAGAUUCCUGAAUCUCCUGUCAGUGGAGGAGGAAAUGGUCAUCCUUUACAUGAUAAUAGUUUUAACAGCUCUCAUGGAUCCACAAGAGGAACUAGUCCAAAGUCCAUUCUGAAUUCUUCGCCGAGCUGCUUACGAGAAAAGAACAAGAAACCCAAAAAGAGAGUGAGCUUCUCAGAUUCUGAACCCAGUGAUUUGGACUCCUCCAGCACACAAAACUCGAAUAGAGCUAGUCCUGUAACCCCCAUACAGUUUCCUAUUAAUCCAGCAGACAGAUUUAAACCUAACAAUAUCAUUGGCUCAAAACAACCCAUUCGUAUAGCAGGGAAUCAUAUCAGUGAAACACCUAACCAAUAUCCACCAAUGAAAACUUUUGGAAAUGGAAGCGUUCCUACGGCAAUGGAAAGCUUCUACAUGAAUGGUACAGUGAGAGGUGGAGUGGUUGUAAACGGAAAUCAAAACCCCAGUGCAAUGGAGCUCAGAAAUAGUGCUCUUCCUACCUACAAAGCUAACCUGGGUCAGACCGGGGUCAAUCCUGGUGGACCCGGGACGCGGACCUCGGACCAGAUUAGACAGUUGUACUUGGGAAGGGGUAGGAAGACUCAAGUAUUGCAGUCAUCAAAGUGCUAACUCUUCUGUGAUCUUUUUACUUUUCAGAUAAACUGUGGAGUUUUAAUUUUUAAUGCAUGUAUUUUUUGUGAUAUUUCUAUGCUCACA